GCGCCACAAUUUCUGGUAGAGUAUGGCUAAUUCAGCCGCCUGGCGCGCAGUGUAUAGGGAGUAUCGCGCGGCGGGCAUCCUUCCCUACCGCUGCGACGGCGACGGUCGGCUGCUGUUUCUGUUUCAGGCCGAGGCGAGCAAGAAGAAACCGCGGGACGUAAGGGGACAGCAGGGCCUGCCACGGGAUUCGCAGCAGCAGACUCUGGAACGAGAGGGUCGGGAACGAGAGGGUCGGGAACGAGAGGAUCGGGAACGAGAGGAUCGGGAACGAGAGGGUCGGGAACGAGAGGAUCGGGAACGAGAGGAUCGGGAACGAGAGGAUCAGGAACGAGAGGAUCGGGAACGAGAGGAUCAGGAACGAGAGGAUCGGGAACGAGAGGAUCGAGAACGAGAGGUUCGGGAACAAGAGGACCGGGAACGAGAGGACCGGGAACGAGAGGAUCGGGAACGAGAGGGUCGGGAACGAGAGGUUCGGGAACGAGAGGUUCGGGAACGAGAGGAGCAGGGGGGCGAGAAGCAGGGCCAUGGCAGCGGUGGCGCAGAGCACGCGAGUGGCGCAGAGCACGCGAGUGGCGCUGCUCCUGGCGGGGGUGGGCUGUGUGCGUGUGGCGCUGAUGGCGCGUGCGCGUGUGGCGCGGGGAAGGAGGGCGGAAGCGGUGGUGCGGGGAAAGAUGAGGGGAGCGGUGGUGCGGUGGAUGGGAGGGGGAAUGAGCGCGGAGAUGAUGAGAGAAGGGGAGGCGAGAGAGGGGAGACAGGAGGGGAAGGAGGGAGGAGGGGUGGGAGAGCAGGGAGAGGGUUGGAGGAAGGAAGGAGCAGGAGAAGGAGAGAAGGGGAGCCCAGGAGACAUGUUGAGGGUACACAAGUCCAGGGUCCAGGCAUUGAGGCCCGAAAGACAGAAAUUCAGCAGCAGCAGCAGCAGCAGCAGCAGCAGUGUGAGAUGCAGGCGAAUGGGAGACAGAAGGGUGAGAAGCAGGAGAAUGAGCGACAGCAGCAGCAGAAGGGGAAGCAGCAGAAUGCGCAGCAAGAGAAGCAGAAGAAUGCGCAGAAAGAGCAGGCGGAGGAGAGGAGGCGGAAGCAGCGGGUGAAGGAGGUGAAGAAGGAGCACCGCAGGCAGCAGUCUGAGAGGCAGACGCAGCAGAAGCAGCGGAACAAGGAGCAGAAGCGGCAGCAGCAGCAGCAGCAGCACGGGCGUACUGGCCCGGUGUAUCUAAUGGACUUCGGAGGCAAGAUAGAAACGCAAGACAGGCAUUCACCGGCUCUCACGGCCGCCCGGGAGUACGUGGAGGAGCUUGAGGCUGGCUGUGAGAAGCUGGAGGGUGCCACGUGGCAGAAACGUGUAGCUGAUGUGGCUGCGGCUCUGGACCAAUCAGAGGCGUUCUAUUGCAGGGCUAGCAAGUAUGUCCUCUUCCUGUGCCAUGAGAAGAGGCUCCGGGAUUGCAGCCAGGAUGUGACAUUAGUAAGUGUGACUCAAGAUGAAGUAAAUGCAGACGGUGUGACUAAAAGUAGCACAGCUGGAGCAGCAGCUGCUCCGACUGCAGCCCAGCUGAGCAGCAGGUGGGUGGAGGCAUCUGCUCUGGUGGAUCAUGUUCUACGUAAGAGUCGGCUGCAGCCGCCUCUGCAUCUUCGGCUCUACCCGUCUGGCCCUACAGGAGGCAUCUCAGCGUUUAUAUAUUGCAUCCUGCGGCUCCAAGUCACUGGGGCCCUUGGAGUUGGCGCUGACGCUUCAUUAGGCUCACUACUGGAGAUGGCGGCGUCGUCGUCUACCAUUGGCCCCACAGAUUCACCGUCCCUCGUAGUGCCGGUAACUGAACCCAAGUCACCGUUGCAUCCAGCUUAUGCCUAAUUGCAUCCCCUCCACGUCGUAAUUGGCUGUACACAAAUGUGUUUGAAUGCUGCCAUUUCUCUGCACGUGGUGAGGCUUCUAGCUUUUCAUUUUUCUGUGCAAUACAUGCCAUACAUGCCA